AUGUCGAAGACUCGAACGGCGCUGCAGCGUCAGACAGAGCAGAUUAAUGUGCAUGAGGACGACCAGAAAGACGAGGAAGUCAAUUCAGAGCUAGGCGAAAGCAUGGAUCCCCUCGAUGAAAGCGGACACACGGUCGACAGCAGUGACGAGGAAGUCGAAGACGCCGUUGCCGAAGACAUGUCACGCUUUGAGGAAACCUUUGUCGGUAUCAACAAGCGGUUUCGACUAAUUAACCGCAUCGGUGAAGGGACAUUCUCAACAGUCUACAAGGCCGAAGAUCUGGAGUACAACAAGUACGACAACAACUGGGACAUCGAAGAACGCGAGAACUCGCCUGAAAACCGAAAACGAUCAAAACGCCCCCACUAUGUUGCUAUCAAGAAGAUCUACGUCACGAGUAGUCCCAUUCGUAUCUUCAAUGAGCUGGAACUGCUGUACGAUCUGAGAGACUCCGAUUCCGUGUGCCCGCUCAUCACCGCUUUCCGGCAUUUGGACCAAGUUGUCGCCGUUCUGCCUUACUUUCAACACCGCGACUUCAGGGACUACUACCGGGACAUGAGAAUUUCAGAGAUGCGCUUGUACUUCCGGAGUAUGUUCACCGCACUUCGAGCAGUGCAUCACAAGAAGAUCAUUCACCGCGAUGUCAAGCCAACCAAUUUCUUAUACAACCCUGCGUUGAAGCGUGGGGUUCUGGUUGAUUUUGGCCUUGCAGAACGCGAGGGCACAGACUGGAAUCCAUGCGCAUGUCAUCUUCCAGACGAGGACCGCCGUCACAGAGUGUCGCACAGCGUGUAUGCGCAAACCCAGUCUUCAGGCCAUAAUACGUCCAGCUACCCCAAGAACGACACGCGAAACAGCCGUCGAGCCAAUCGAGCCGGCACUCGUGGCUUCCGUGCCCCUGAGGUCCUCCUGAAAUGUACACAACAGACAUGCUCUAUCGACAUGUGGAGCGUGGGCGUCAUUCUCUUGACCAUGCUCUCUCGCCGCUUCCCGUUCUUCCACAGUGCAGACGAUAUCGAUGCUCUGCUCGAAAUCACAACGAUCUUUGGUCGCAAGAAGAUGAGAGAGACAUCACUGCUGCACGGCCAAGUCUUCGAGACGAACGUUCCCAGCUACAGCGAGAGUGGUCAUAGCCUGGAAAAGAUCAUCCUGUGGUGCACAGGACGGACUGGCGACAAGACUGCGCCAAAGAAGGAGCUGGAAGGGGAUGAGAAGGAAGCUGUGCAAUUCCUGCACCGCUUGCUGGAGUGCAACCCAGGCAAACGCAUCACUGCUGAUGAAGCUCUUCGACACCCCUUUAUUGCGAAGGCUCACGAAGAGGAGGUUGUGGACGACGAAAUAAACGACCUUGUCGAAGCAUAA